CACCCCGGGCCGCCGCCGCCGCCAUGGAGGAGCCGGGGGCCGCCGCGCCGCCGCCGGGGCCGCGCUCCCUCCUGCCCUCCCGGCAGUUCCUCUGCUCCCGCAAGGGCCAGCUCCUCGCCGCGGAGUCGGUGCUGUCAUUUAUCAUCUUUAUCUGCUAUAUUGCAUCUCUAGUUACCUCUUUCUUUAUGGCACCACUCCUAGAGUUUCUGCUGGCACUGUUUCUUUUUUUUGCCUACGCCUCCAAACUAAAUGAGAAGUUUAAAGGACUCUACUGGCCUUUGUCGGAUUUCUUGCGGUGUGUCACUGCUGCCAUUAUUUACUUUGCCAUUUCAAUUGCUGCUGUCUCAAGGUACAGUGACGGAGCAUCCAAAGCAGCAGGAGUGUUUGGAUUUGUAGCCACAAUAGUGUUCGCCAUUGAUUUCUACAUAACCUUCAAUGACCUGGUUGCUUUUCUCAAGCAAGGCAGUUCUGAGUCCCCUGAAGAGCGCAAGUCAGAAGAUGAAGUCUCCGAUUCCGACUCGGACUGAAGAACCAAACACCAACCAAGCAUGAAGGGAAGAUGAUCAAGCACUUUCCUCUUUGCUACAUGCACUGCCAAUUGAAAUAUCUCCCUUGUUUCAGCCUCAGUAUCCUCUUCCCAGCGCACCGUUUAUGGAAUCACCAAAGGACAGCCAUGUGGAAAAGGAGACUAUUCCCAAUGCCAUUAGACACUCCUUCAGAACUACGGAUUUUACAGUAGUUCAACCUGCCAGAGAGGUCUGUAUCCAAACAGCACAUCUCGAUUCUCUGCUGUCCCUCCUUACUCAGCACUGCAAUGUACUGAGUAAAUGGGAACAUAGUGUUAUAAAACGUACAAGCAGAGCUUUUAAUAUGCUUUCUUAAUUCCAAAUCUUUAACACUUAUAGCUUUUAUACUUCUUGCUGUGCCAAAGAAGAGGGGCUCAGAAUGCCUCUACUUUAUUUGUAUUUUUCUUGAUUAACUAACAGUAUUUCUUUAUCUGAAGUCUGAAUAUUCCACUAUCUCAAGCACUGAAGGCACAGAUUAUAGUUAACAUGUUGGUUUCAACACAUUUAUAUCUACUGCCUAUCUGUGACAAGAAAAAGUGACAACUGGAAAUCGGCAGCAAGAACAAACCUCAAAGUGUAGUUGUGCCACAGAGUAGCUGGCUCAAACAUUCCAUAAUCACUUUUUUAAGCUGCUUGAACGGGGUUGCAUCCCAUCUUCUGCAGUUUCCCCACAGAUACGAGGUAGAACAGAUGAGGCAUCAUCUUACCAGCCCCCUUCCCACCAUUUGCGUGGAAGCCCUCAUACGUGUUUGCACACAGAGGUAAGGAAGGCUUGCCAAAUACCAUGCAACAACCAAGGAUCUGCCUAUCCAAGCCUGCAAAUAGUUGCGUGCAAGAGAUCAUUGUCUGAUCUCCCAUGCCGUGUUGUGAACACUGGUCCUCCUGUGAGAAGAUGGAACUUUAAGGUCCCUUCCAACCUAAACCGUUUAUGAUUUUAAGUAGCACUGGACUUUGUCCACUGGGUGCGCAAAGCAGACGACUGUUUCUGUAAAACUCAGGAUAGCUGGGCCCCAGGAGGGCACUACACCCUUCCCACUGUGAAAAGGCAAAAAAAAAAACCAACCUCCAAACUAAAGAAUGUCUGCAAUGAAAUUCAUUUUCCCAGACCCUUAUUUUGGGAUGGGGGGGUGGGGAUAUUUUGGUUUGGGUUUGUUAUUUUUCCCACCCCGGAAGGCCAUGAUUUCUCUCAUGGUCCAGUAUUCUGGGGGAAAAGCCUUCUCAAUUUCCAAGUAGGCGCUUUCAUGGGUAGCACAACCUACCUUGAAAUAUUUGUUGUCCACCCAUAAACACAUACUGCUUGGAAAAAGCACGGCAUGCUCCUUAUAUAUGGCAUCAGGUAGGUCUAUUUCAAAGAAACCUGUAUGCAUUUAAAAAAAAUAUAUAGUACCAGAACAGGUGGCCUUAACAAAAAGUAAUUAAAGUGAGAGCACAUGGUACUAACAGAGUAAAUUAAGAACAGGGCUAGAACAAUAAAGGCAGAUUUCCUUUGGAACAAAAUCACCGCCUGGGUUUUUUGUACCGGCUGGCUGCUAGCAGGCAGAGACACGGUACCCGAGCCGGGCAGGUGCUGGGGAAGGGCUGGCCAGACUCAGCUGUCUACAGACAGCUCCUGCAUCUCCUGCUUCCAGACCACUGAAGGAAUAAAAGCAAAACAAAUCCUUGCUUCCAAAUGUGACAAAUAAUCUUUGCUUUUAUGAGAAAGAGCUCUUUGGACCUUUUCCGGUAUAAAAUUCCACAUUUCUUUCUUUUUUUGUUGUCAUAUUUUACUGGCACGCACUGUGAAGUCAGGGGACCUGGGCUCAUUUUUUAUAUUCAAUUGUUUUGUAUUUCUCUAAAAAUGUACUGCAUGUCACAGCUGGAAACUAGUACAUGGUUAAUAUUUAGAAACCAUGCUGGAUUAA